GUUAAGUUCUUGCUUAACCAUGGCAACCUCUUUCUUUAGUUCAUCAUCUCCAGGACUUCAAUUAGUUUCUUAUAUUAUUUUCUUAUUCUUGUUACCUUUAUCUGAAUCAGUAUAUUUCGAGAUCAACCGUUUUGAUGUUGAUGCAACAAAUAUACUCUAUUCAGGCGAUGCCAUGCCUUCUGUUGGAACCAUAGAGUUCAACAAAGUCAACUACUUAACUCGUGUGGGUCAAGCCAUAUAUGCAGAUACGAUCCCAAUAUGGGACGAAAAAUCCGGUAAAGUUUCCGAUUUCACCACUCACUUCACCUUCAUCAUUGACACACAAUCUCAAUCCACCUAUGGCCAUGGCCUCACUUUCUUUCUAGCCCCAGUUGGCUUCCAAAUCCCACCCAACUCAGCUGGUGGCUUUUUAGGUUUAUUCAACACAACUUACACCGAUUCAUCCCAAAACCAAAUGAUUGUCAUCGAGUUUGACUCUUUCGUGAAUUCAGAAUGGGAUCCUCCAUAUGAACAUGUGGGUAUCAAUAAGAACUCGAUUCAUUCGGUUAAUCACACUUCUUGGAAUGCUAGUUUACACAGUGGAGACCCUGCGGAUGUUUGGGUUUCUUACAAUGCUACCACUCAGAUUCUAAACCUGUCAUGGAGCUACGGGGCUAGAAAUGUUUCUAGAGAGAAUACCAGUCUUUCCUAUCAAGUUGACCUCCGGGAAGUUCUUCCUGAGUGGGUAACAGUUGGGUUUUCGGCUGCCACUGGUGCCAAUGUGGAGAGACAUAUCCUUCAAUACUGGGAGUUCAUUUCAAGCUUGAAUAUUGUAAAAAAAAGUGAAGACAAGUCAAAGGAAUGGAAACUAGCAGUUGGAUUAAUAGUCCCUCUUGGUGUUCUAGUUUUAGGAGGCAUGGUUGCAUUUGGUGUAUUUUUUAGGAGAAAAAGAAAACCUAAACAGAAAUCAUCGGAAACAGUCACCUUAACAUCGAUGAACGAUGAUUUGGAAAGAGGAGCAGGACCAAAAAGAUUUUCUUAUGGGGAUCUUGUUUCAGCUACCAACAAUUUCUCCGGUGACCGGAAGUUGGGUGAGGGAGGAUUCGGGUGUGUCUACAAGGGCUACUUAGCACGCGAAGGCAUAGCGGUUGCUGUUAAGAAAAUUUCACAGGGUUCUAAACAGGGGAAGAAAGAGUAUAUAACCGAAGUAAAGAUUAUUAGCAGUUUAAGGCAUCGAAACCUGGUGCAACUCAUCGGUUGGUGCCAUGAUCAAACUCAAUUCUUGCUGGUGUACGAGUUUAUGCCAAAUGGCAGCCUUGAUUCCCACCUUUUUGGCAAAAAGAGCUGUCUCGAGUGGGGUUUGAGGUACAAGAUCGUUACUGGUUUAGCUUCUGCGUUGCUUUAUCUCCAUGAAGAAUGGGAACAAUGCGUGGUUCACCGAGAUAUCAAAACAAGCAACAUCAUGCUUGAUUCGGGAUUCAACGUGAAGCUCGGAGACUUUGGAUUGGCUCGACUCAUGGACCAUGAAUUGGGUCCACAGACAACUGGAUUAGCCGGAACUUUGGGGUACUUGGCUCCUGAGUAUGUAACGACAGGGAAGGCCAGCAGAGAGUCGGAUGUUUACAGCUUCGGGGUGGUAGCAUUAGAGAUUGCUUGUGGGAGAAAGGCGAUGGAUAGUGUUGACCCAAAUUCUGAUCUAGGGUUAGUGCAGUGGGUUUGGGACUUGCUAGAAAAAGGGGAGCUGCUUUCGGGGGUGGACCAGAAGCUGAACAAGGAAUUCGAUGGGAAACAAGUGGAGCGUUUGAUGACGGUGGGGUUAUGGUGCGCUCACCCCGACCGGAGUCUGAGACCGUCGAUCCUGCAAGCCAUUCAGGUGCUUAAGUUCGAGGGUGCGGCCCCAAAUCUUCCAAAGAAGAUGCCGGUGGCGAUGUACUACGCAGCACCAGAUGGGCGUGAGCUCAGUUCUGGUUCUGGAGGUGCUUCGUUGACUUAGGUGUUGUUUGUUUUUUCGAAGUGAAAAUUCAUAAAGUCUGCGGACCACCUCUGCAAUCCUCUGUAGCAGAAGAGGUGGAACAAACGGCUGCAGCCUAUAAUAAGAAGCAUGUUUGUUUUUUAACAUCUGCAGACUGCUGCAGUAAACUGAAAUUUAAAUAAACUAAUUUUAUAAAUUGAAAAUAGUUAUCAACAUCGAAAUUUAAUAAUUCUAGUUUUAACACAUUGAAAUAAUAAUAAAAAGAACAUAUAAAAAACAAAAAUAUAAAACUUUUUUUUAAAAAAAAAACUUAAAAAAAUGUAAAAGAAGCUAAUAGUUUUAUUCUAGAAAAAAAAACUAAUUUUAAAAAAAAAUUAAAAAAGAAAAUAAUAAAAAAAUUAAGAAAAUAUUGCAAACGAUGUCUACAAAGUUCGUAAAAAAUUACACACCUUAAAAAGAUGCAACUGAAAUUGAAAAUAUUAUUAACAAAACGGUAAAAAAAAAUUAAAAAAAUCAAGUUAAAAAAAAAUCAUUGAAAUUAUAAAAAUAAAUUGUAUCACAUCCGUAAAUAAAAAUUUAAGAAAAUCAAAGUUUAAAAAAAAAAGUUAUACAAAAAUUCUUAAAAAAACACUUAAAAAAAUGAAAGUUGAAGAGGUUAGAAGAGGCAAGUCAAGUGCUGCGCCACACAGCACACGCGCAGAGGUUUUGUAGUCUGAAGUCUUCCAAAAAACAAACUGCUGCGAGAGUUAAAGUGCUGCGCGUGUGCUGCGCCGCGCAGCAAUAAGUGGUU